UACUACUACUAAUAUUGGUGGUUUUGUUUGCGAAUGGUUUUUUGUAAUUUUGUAUAGUAAUAUAAACAUUUGGAAACGGGAGUCAGUUUCGAUAGAAUUUUGUAUAUUGUAUAGUUUUACAUCAAUAUGAAUGUCUUACCUGCUCAGCCUAUUGGCAUACAAAGUACUGCAGGAGCUGUGCCUAUUCGAAAUGAAAAGGGUGAGAUAUCUAUGCAAAAAGUUAAAGUGCAAAGGUAUAUAUCAGGAAAAAAACCAGACUAUGCGCAGGGUGUAUCAUCGUCUGAAGAAUCAGAUGCUGAAGAUUUUAUUGAACAGCAAAGACCAGAACGUAGACAACAAGUUUUGCCACAAAUAAUUGCACACAAACAUGAGGAGCAUUCAGAUUCCGAGAAGGAGGUGGAUGAUCCUCGACUCCGUCGGCUACGUAUUGCAGCUCGUUCUCCAUCACGUCGAGCUGAACAUAAACCAGAAAUUAUUGAUGCAGAACCAGAACAGGAAUCUGAGUCGAGUGCAAAUGAAAUGAGAGAUAGUUCAGAGAGUGAAGAUGAACUUGACGAUGAUGAGAUAGAAAGACGCCGACAGGCAUUAAAGGCUAAGCUUGCUGCUAGAGAAGCUGAAAAAGAAGUACUUGGACGAGAUGAUGAUGAAGAAAUGUUAGAUGGUGAUAAAGAAGACAGUGGAUCGUCAGACACAGAAUAUACAGAUAGUGAAGAAGAUACAGGUCCAAGAGUUAAGCCUGUUUUCGUUAGAGCAUCAGAAAGAAUGACUGUAGCUGAACGAGAGCGCAAGCUAAAACAGCAAAAGAAGGAAGAGUCUGAGGCUAGAAAAGAAAAAGAAGAAAGAAGGAGGGAAGCUCUUAAACUUGUAGAAGAGACAAUUCGAUCGGAACAAAAGAAUAUGCAGGGAGAGCAAAAAGAAGGCAAUAUAAAUGAUGUGUGCACAGAUGAUGAAAAUGAUGAACUUGAGUAUGAGGCAUGGAAACUGAGGGAAAUGAGGAGGAUAAAACGUGACAAAGAGGAGAGAGAAGCUAUGGAGAAGGAGUUGCUUGCAAUUGAACGUAUGCGCAAUAUGACCGAAGAGGAGAGACGCGUAGAACAACGUCUCAAUCCAAAAUUAGUCACCAAUAAAGCAGUCAAGGGCAAAUAUAAGUUCCUUCAGAAAUAUUACCACAGAGGUGCCUUCUAUUUGGAUAAAGAAGAGGAAGUGUUCAAACAAGACUUCUCAGGGCCGACACUGGAUGAUCACUUUGACAAAACUGUGCUGCCUAAAGUGAUGCAAGUGAAGAAAUUCGGCCGGUCGGGUAGGACGAAGUAUACUCACUUGGUGGACCAAGAUACUACAGAGUUCGAUUCCGCGUGGAGUAACGAAGGUGCAGCGGCACGUUUAGCCAACUUCCGUGGCGGCAUGAAACAAGUGUUCGACAGACCUUCCGCCAAGAGGAAGCAUGUAGCAUAAGCAAUGAUAUAAAUUAGGACUAUUUACUCAAAUAUAUUAUACAUUAAUUUUGAACACGC